AAAAACCCUUUGCUGUUGGAAGCUAUCAUCUAUCUUUACUCGCCACAACCUAUCUCCCACCCCACUAUAUCCCCCUCCUAAAACAAUGAACUCAAUCUCAUACUUUGACAUUUGGUAGCUCCACCUUGCCCUUCCUCCCCUCUCUCUCUUGGAUUUGUGAUGUGGUGGUGUGGUGUGGUUGCGUUGGUUGAAUAAUAUGGCAGCUUGGGUGCUUGUGGUGGUAGGUUUGGGGGUCAUGGUUAUCUCGAUGGUGGCGAUUUGGGUGGGGUACGAUGGUAGAUUGAUGGUAGUGAGUUUGGGGGUGAGGGUAGUCUCAAAGGUGGUAGAUUUUGGUGGGUCUAGACUUGGUGGUGGCAAAAGGGGUAGGGAUAUGGUGGCAGAUGUUGGUGGAUGUUGUUUUGAUGGUGGAAGAAUGGAGUGGGUUGAGUUUG